AUGGUCAUGGAUUCCACCAGGGUUAUCAUCUACGCCUGCGUAACUGACAUUGACGGCUGCCCCCAAAGGCGCCAUCUCCAACUCGGGGAGGAUGUGUCUACGAUGUUAGGACGUCCUUUUAGAUCGACACUCGAUCCAACAGGCUACGACCAUGUCCAUAUCCCCGCCGACUUUGACUCGGAAAAGCCUAUCAAGCGGUGGUUCAUUCUGGACUGGAAUGUCACCCAAGUCCUGAGUCGGGACGCGGUGUCCGAAAUCCCCCACCAAGUAUAUCUGGCGAGUCGGCAAAAUGGCAAAUUAACAUUCAUACCCCGUGAUCAUUGGGCGGAGAAGGCCAAGGCCCGGGCUGCUUCGUAUACCUGGGGUGGUCGACAAGAGCAGCAAAUGAUUGGCAUAAUGAGGUCUGAGAAUAAGGAAAACGAGUGA